ACUUACUGUACCAAUGGAGGUGUCUGACUUGUAAACUACAACUCCUAUGCUGCUUUGUUUGAUGACGUUACAGGAGCAUUUCCCGUAGUAACCUUUCAGUCUGCCUGGUGGUGCGUUUGCGCCUCCUGUCUUGAACGAGAGGUGAAGAAGAGUUUACUUUCCAGAGUUCAGGGUUUGGUUGGUAUCGGUGUUUGCCUGGAGUAAAGGGUUUGCUAAGGCAGAAAGCCCCUCUUCACGGAGCCAAGAUGCUGAACAUGUAUAAGGUUAGGGAGUUGGUGGACAAAGCGACCAACGUAGUAAUGAACUACUCAGAGGUUGAGACUAAAGUCAGAGAGGCCACCAAUGAUGACCCUUGGGGACCAUCAGGACAGCUGAUGACUGAAAUUUCAAGAUGCACGUUCAUGUACGAGCAGUUCCCAGAGGUGAUGAACAUGCUGUGGGCCCGCAUGCUGAGAGAUAACAAGAAGAACUGGAGGAGAGUCUACAAGUCCCUGCUGCUGCUUUCACAUCUAAUCAAGAACGGAUCAGAGAGGGUCGUCACCAGCGCCAGAGAGCAUCUGUAUGACCUUAGAUCAUUAGAAAGCUACCACUUCGUAGAUGAGAAUGGGAAAGAUCAAGGUGUGAAUGUUCGUCAGAAAGUGAAGGAGAUGGUAGAAUUUGUGCAGGACGACGACAGGCUCAGGGAAGAACGGAAAAAGGCAAAGAAGAACAAAGACAAAUAUGUCGGUGUGUCCUCAGACAGCGUGGGAUACAAUAGUUACUCGGGGGACAGGUACGACUCCGCCGAUAACAAGCGGGACAAGUGGGAUGAUGACUGGGAGAAGAAAGGGCAAUUUCCCUUCAGCGAGAAGCUGGGCGAGAUCAGCGACAAAAUCGGCAGCACCAUUGACGAUACCAUAAGCAAAUUUAGGAAAAAGGAAAGAGACGACUCGCCGGAUCGAACUAGUGACAAUGAGGAUGACCGGAGUCGCUCGUCUCACAAUGGCCAGUCAGGCAAAGGCUAUAAAGAUGAAGAGGAGACCGUUACCACCAAGAGUGUACACAUAGUCCAAGCAACAGAGACCACAGCAACACGGAAGAGAGGAGGGGUCCCAUCUAAGAAAGUAGACUUAGGGGCCGCAGCCAACUACACAGGAGGCCAGAGCCCAAACACCACCACCAAACAGCCUCAGCCAGCAGCCCCUCAGCCUGCCAGUGCUGGCCUAGUCGACCUCCUGAUGGUUGACACAACACCAAGCAAGCCUGCUGCCACAGACCUGAUCGGUGGGUUUGCUGACUUCUCCUCGCCUGCUGCCUCCGUCGGCCUGUCCUCAGGAACUGCAGCCCCAGCCUCGAGUAGCAAUGGAGACUUUGGAGAGUGGAACGCCUUCCCUGGAGGUCAGAUGCCAGCUUCAGCUCAACCUGCUGACAACAGUGGGAAUGACCUUUUUGGAGCCAUGACAACAGGUCCUGCUUUGGCCCCUGUUUCUGCACCAGUUUCAGCUCCAGGCUCUGGUCCUGCCUCGGCUGACCUGUUUGACUUGAUGGCGCCUACUCAUUCUCUCACCUCCUCCCAGAGCCUCAACUUCAGCAUGAGCAGCACACAGAGCAUGAGCACCACUGUCCUGCCCCAGUCUAUGUCACAGCCCUUUCAGAACAUGGGGGGUCCUUUACAACCACAGUCUGUCAUGUCCCUCCAGCCGCUGCAGCCUGGAAUGGCCCCUCAAAGUGCCGGAGCCAAAGCAUCCGUCCCCUCCACCUGGUCGGACCCUUCAGUUAACAUCAGCCUGGACUUCCUGGGUCCAGGAAUGCAGCAACCCAAGCAAAGCCAGCCCACACUCAACACCCUCCAACAAGUCAACCCGGUACCUGCCAGUCUGCUCUCCCAGGGAUUCUCCGGUAUGAGCCUUGGAACUACAACAGUCAGACCACCUGUAAAUCCUAUGAUGAACCCCAGUGCUGGCAUGGGCAUGGGCAUGGGGAUGGGCAUGGGCAUGGGGAUGGGGAUGGCCCCCAACCAGGGCAUGAUGGGGAUGGCCCCCAACCAGGGCAUGAUGGGGAUGGGAAUGGGCAUGAACAUGGGGAUGCCACAGGGAGGUAUGACCAUGGGAAUGCCCUCGGCUAUGGGUAUGGGAAUGGGGAUGAACCCUGCAAUGGUCCAACAGCCCAAACAAGAUGCCUUUGCUGACUUUGCCAACUUUGGAAAAUGAUGGAGGUGGAGAGCUAAGAUAAUCUGGUGGAGCGGUAUCAGCCUCUCUAUUUCUCUCUCUCUCUCUCUCUCUCUCUCUCUCUCUCUCUCUCUCUCUCUCUCUCUCUCUCUCUCUCUCUCUCUCUCUCUCUCUCUCUCUAUCCGUCCAUCAGUGAAGGACUGUUAAGAGCUGCAAACAAAGAGUACUUGAAUAAUAUCAACUAUCACAUACCAACACCCUGCAAUCUCCUUGAUUUUUUUUUUUUAAAUAAUGCUGUGUAGUGAUAUGGAUCUAAAUGAAUGUGUGUUUGAACCAAUGAUCAGUCUGCUCUGGGGUAAAGGUCAGACACACACUGAUGACUGUGCCUCAUUGGUUGUUCACCAGUCACUGAGAGGAGGGAAGAGUGAAUGUUGGAGAUUUGCUUUAUAACCUCAAUCAUGUCAAAUCACCAGAAUAGCAAAAAAUAUAUAUCCGUAGCUGCAUAAUUAUUUUUGAGAUGUAUUCUCAGUAACUUUACUGGAUGAUUACUUUGAGUAACAUGAUCAGCCAUUUUAACUUUCUAAUGUACAUUGAAGAAUGUCAAGUUACCUCUUUUUUGUCCUUGCUCUUCCUUUAACCUGUAAAUAGAGAUCUGAAGCCCACACAGAUAAGUUAUGAAGUUCUAAUGUGAGAGGAAGUGACCGUGUGAAGAGUUGUAUCAUACAGACCAAAUCUGAAAUGAAUAAGACCUAUAACGGAGCACAUUGACACCUUCUCUUUGUACAUACGUGUCCACACACUCCAAACGUGGCCUGUCAGUGCUACAGUUCAUGAAUGAGUGUUUGGAUUGAAGGCGGUUGAUUAAUUUGAGGAGCUUCUCCUUUAAACGACCAUCAUUUGUGGCCUUUCUUAAUGCUAAAUAUAUAUUAUAUUUUACUUAUGAAGAUUAUAACCAGUUUGCAUCCAAAUGAGAUAAUCAGUAGGUAGAAACAGCCUCACGUACAGGUUGUGGGUUCCUUGUAACAGUGCCUGAAAGACCUUUUCCCUCUUCAGUUAACCUCUGUGAAGGAGACAAUGUGACUGUGCAGUGUUGAUGACAGAGCUUCAGUACGAUGUACAAACAUGUUUGUACUUAUGCUUCAAGCCAAGCAUACUGUUCGUCCACAUAUCAAAUGCAAACGUAUAAUUAUUUCACCUGAUCUGUGUGUGUCCCACACACAUUUUUCUUUUUCUUACUCUAGUCAAGAGAGAGAAGCUCAUCUCAAUUGAACACCUCAAGUGUUGGUGCAGACUGUUAUUGACAUUGUAUCAUGCAUCUUUGUUGUCUGUUAAAUGUUCACCAUGUGUCUUGGUAAAAGCUGCCUUCUCACCUUCCAUCAUUUCUUUUGAUACACAUGAAAAAAAACAGCGGUUCAAAUCAGUGUUGUCGCAGUCAUAGCCAUAAUCACCAUCCUCAUCAGUCUGCAUGUGUUGCUCAUCAUAAUGAUAAUGUGAGAGGAAGCACUUUCAGUUAGCAGCAGUCUGCACACACCCAGUAUGUCCUAGUGUUUGGAUGAGGAUGUGUUGUGGGACAGCACACCAUGGACAAUCCCAUUCAGCCGUACACCGUGUACCUGACCUGUGAGACGUACAAAGCAUUGCUCUUCUGUGGUUCAAGUGCCUGCCGAUGGUUGCCUCCUGACCCUUGUAAUAAGUGAUUGAUAAGUGACUCUUGGCUGCCUGACAUUUUGAGUUUGUCAACGAUCAGAUAAAUAAUUCACUGACUAGAGGAGGACGGUGGAUUGUGCAGCGCCAGGAGGAUUGAAGUUGUGCUUUCCUGCUCUCCCAAGGGCUCAAGAGGCUGAGCACACUAACACAUAGUAGCCUUGCGUCAGAGUCUGAAGCAUUAAAAUGACCAAAAUCUGUUUGCUGUUUUUCUAAAAUAUAUCAGUAGAGGUUGUCUUAUGCAUUUUUUCUACUUCCAAUUGUUUUGAUUUUCUUGACAUUAUGGGAUUGUUACUGAAACACUAGCAUAUGCAAAUGUAUAAAAAAGAAACCCUUUGAGAGAUUUGAUUUUUGCAUUAUUCCCAUUUUGAUUUAAUUUACAUAUCAAGAUUCUUUAUCUACGACAUUAAACAGUUGAUUGAAA